AAAUAAAAAUAAAAAAUAAAAUCUGAAAUUCUCCUAAUAUUUUCCCCCAUCAUACAAUCCUAAAUUGCGCCCUAUUGAAAGAAGAACCCUAACCCGAACCCUAACCCCUAGCAGCUCAAACCCUAGAAUUGUCCUCUCCAUCCACCGGAAAUCUACACCAUUAUCAGCCACUACCAGUUGACGCAGCAGGGAUAAGGCAGCCACCACACGACCUGAUUGAAAGAGAUGAGUGCUUACAAGGCUUUCAAGGCACAAGUUCCAAUUGCAUUUAGCAACAACCUGUACAUUACACUGGUGAGAGGUAUGCCAGGAACUAGAAAACUCCAUAGACGAACCUUGGAGGCACUGCGUCUUGGCAAGUGCAACAGGACCGUGGUGAAACCGAAUACUCCAACAGUUAGGGGAAUGCUACAGCAGGUUAAAAGGUUAGUGGUUGUCGAGACUGAAGAGAUGUACAAGGCCCGUAAGGAAAAUGAGGAGAAACAUCGAGCUUUACGUCCUCCUUUAGUUGUCACUCAUCUACCUGCCCCUGCUACAGAAUCGUCUUAGACCCGUUGUUAAUUCAGAGAUCAGUAUAAUGCGAUAGGAGUCAACUGUUGAAGACCACUCGCUAGGGUCCUCUUCCCAAGUUUUUAUGGAUUUGGUGCUGAUUUUGAAGGUUUAAUUUUUGCAGUGUUUUGAUGUAGUCCGCUAGUCGCCAAAUCUGAAAAAUGUCAUUCUGGAACAAACUGUGUAGACAGUUUUUAUAAGCUGUGGUCAGAUAAAAUCAUUUUUAUAGAGAAAAUAAAAUUCACUUCUUUUAAACCUGUUGAAACUCUACAAUGUUAACGAGAUUUCUGGUUGCUGCACUA